AUGUCUUCUCCUUCGCCAAUUGAGCCUGGCAAGUCGGCCGACCCUCUGAAGCGAAUCGAUAACGAGGGCCAUGACCUUCCUCCGUCUCCUGCGCCAUCGAGCCCACGCACUGGUCGCAAGCGAUACGCUCUUGCCACCGAGCUUGUAUACACCGACAGCAAAGACCAGUAUGGCGCUUCCAGCGUUCCUAUCUACCAAUCUGCCACCUUCAAGCAGACAUCAGCAAGCGGAGGCCAGCAAGAAUAUGAUUACACACGCUCCGGAAAUCCCACCCGAACACAUCUCGAACGACACCUCGCCAAGAUCAUGAACGCCCAGCGAGCACUGGCUGUCAGCUCUGGAAUGGGAGCUCUCGAUGUCAUUACUCGACUUCUUCGACCCGGUGACGAGGUUAUUACCGGCGACGACCUUUACGGUGGCAGCCAUCGUCUGCUCACUUACCUUGCUGCUAACCAGGGCAUCAUCGUUCACCAUGUUGACACCACAACCCUGGACAGCGUGCGGGCACGCAUCUCGGACAAGACUGCCAUGGUAUUGCUUGAGACCCCAACCAACCCUUUGAUCAAGGUUGUUGAUAUCCCAUCCAUCGCUCGCCUAGCCCACGAAGCCAACCCCAAGGCUCUGGUGAUCGUCGACAACACCAUGCUUUCGCCCAUGCUGUUUAACCCUCUUGACGUGGGUUGCGAUAUUGUGUAUGAGUCUGGAACCAAAUACCUGUCUGGUCACCACGACAUCAUGGCUGGUGUCAUUGCCAUGAAUGACACCCAGAUCGGGGACAAGCUAUUUUUCGUUAUCAACUCAACGGGCUGUGGUCUUUCUCCAAACGACUCAUUCCUUCUUAUGCGUGGUGUCAAGACUCUGGCUAUCCGAAUGGAAAAACAACAGGCCAAUGCCCAAGCAAUUGCCGAGUUUCUCGAGUCUCGCGGCUUUCGUGUUCGAUAUCCCGGUCUCAAGUCACACCCGCAGUAUGAUCUGCAUUGGUCUAUGGCUCGUGGUGCUGGUGCUGUCCUCUCUUUCGAGACCGGCGACCCUGCAGUUUCUGAGCGUAUUGUCGAGGCUGCCCGGCUUUGGGCUAUCAGUGUCAGUUUUGGUUGUGUCAACAGCCUCAUCAGCAUGCCCUGCCAGAUGAGCCAUGCGAGUAUCGACGCCAAGACAAGAGCAGAGCGACAAAUGCCCGAGGACAUAAUUCGACUAUGUGUGGGUAUUGAAGACCCGAACGACCUAAUUGAGGACCUUUCCCGUGCUCUGGUUCAGGCUGGCGCCGUUACUGUCACCCUGGAUGGCUUCCACGCAGCUGGAGCAGCUAAGGAGCUUGGAGAGACGCCUCUCGUGUUCCAAUAA